ACAUGCGCAGUAGUUGUUAGUGCCACAUUACCGCCUGAGCCUGCGGUGGAGAGGCGCUCAUCCACCAUCACAUUCAGCACGAUCGGUAACUCAUUGCAUGAUCAAAACGGCCUGUCGCGCGAUUCAUGAACAAAUCUUUAUCCAAACCCAACAGUGGACUCAUCCCAGAAGCCGAGAGCAGCUUUUAUUAGCCCCUCAGCAGCCGCCGUCAGGUUGACGUUGAACUUGCUUCUGUAAACCCAUUCUCUCCAACUUGGUCGCCAUGGCAACUGAGGAGAAGAAACCAGACACAGAGUCUACUAAAACACAGCCGGCAUCAGCUGCCUCCGCCAGCCAGAGCAAGUCAGCACCAGUGAAGCCAAACUAUACCUUGAAAUUCACAUUGGCUGGCCAUACAAAAGCAGUCUCUUCUGUCAAGUUCAGUCCGAGCGGGGAGUGGCUCGCAAGCUCAUCUGCUGAUAAGCUGAUCAAAAUAUGGGGUGCAUAUGAUGGCAAGUUUGAAAAGACGAUAUCUGGACACAAACUUGGCAUCUCGGAUGUGGCCUGGUCCUCUGACUCCAACCUUCUGGUCUCAGCUUCCGAUGACAAGACACUGAAAAUUUGGGAUGUGAGCUCUGGGAAGUGUUUAAAGACACUGAAGGGUCACAGCAACUAUGUAUUUUGCUGUAACUUCAACCCCCAGUCCAACCUCAUCGUUUCUGGAUCUUUUGACGAGAGCGUGAGGAUUUGGGAUGUUAAAACGGGCAAAUGUCUCAAGACGCUGCCAGCACACUCAGACCCUGUCUCUGCGGUUCAUUUCAACAGAGAUGGCUCAUUGAUUGUGUCCAGCAGUUAUGAUGGACUUUGCCGUAUCUGGGACACAGCAUCAGGACAGUGCCUUAAAACACUCAUCGAUGACGACAACCCACCUGUGUCAUUCGUGAAGUUCUCCCCCAAUGGCAAAUACAUCCUGGCUGCCACUCUGGAUAACACUUUGAAGCUUUGGGACUACAGCAAAGGAAAGUGUUUGAAAACAUAUACCGGCCAUAAAAACGAAAAGUACUGCAUAUUUGCUAAUUUCUCUGUCACUGGUGGAAAGUGGAUUGUCUCCGGCUCAGAGGACAACAUGGUCUAUAUCUGGAACCUUCAGACCAAGGAGAUCGUACAGAAACUACAGGGGCACACAGAUGUGGUGAUCUCAACCGCGUGUCAUCCUACAGAAAACAUCAUCGCAUCAGCAGCACUAGAAAACGACAAAACCAUCAAACUUUGGAAGAGCGACUGCUAAGCCUCAAGCUUAUUUACUUUAUCUUCUUUUUUUUUUUUUGUUUUUUUUUUAAUUUUGUACUUUUCAUUUUGUUUGUGGGGGGGGUGAGAGACUUUUUUGUUUUUCAUUUGAAAGGUCACGCUAGGCCGUUCACACUGACAUCAAGGCUCAGCAAGAGGACCGGCGAAAGCGCCCUAGCCCGACAUACCCUCUCCUAACACAGCACGCCUCUCUCCGCUCGUGCACUAAAGCAGUCACUUUUUCUCUGCCUUGCCACCAGCUCUCGUUCUUCAGUUUAAGCAUUCAGCAAAACUUUAACCAGUCUGUAAAUCUAGGCAGCUUUGUUUGAACUCCACAGACCUAUUAGGACAAAGAGAGCGUUCCUGUCUUUUUGUUUAGUUUUUUUUCCUGUAAGUUUUGUAGAAUGACACUUAUCUGUCUGUCAGUGGUUUGCACACUUUCUGAAGCCAGCAGAACGCCUUGGACACAUUAUAAGUGGCCAUUUUAACAAAUCUUUGGAGUAUUACAUUUCUCUGCCUGUAUUUGUGGCAUUUAUACGAACAGUUUGCAGCUUCACUCCAUUCUUUUGCCGACAAGAGGUUUCAGCUGUCAACGCCUCAAAGACUUACCAAUGUCAAAUCGAACCUCCAUGUAUGAAAUGUGUUGUCUGGCAGAAGGAUGUUCUGAACAUCCACUGUUUCAUGUUUAUUUCUGUACAGCACAAAAAUGCAAUUGUUAAAUCUGCAAUUAAAACAAUUCAUUGUGUUAUAGUCGCUAAGCUAGUUGUCAGACUUUAUGGUUUUCAGUGGCUUUCAAGUGGCUCAAUGUUGUCUAGGCAGUGCUAACAAUAAAACUUACUCUUUUUGUUAUGAAAGCUUAUAGCAGUUGCAAACAUAACGUAUGCCAAAAGCUCACUUUAUUCCCACAGCUGUAACUACCUGUAACACAUCUGUUCAUAUCAGUUUUGGUGCUUACGUAUAAAUAAAACUACAAUAUAUCGGGAUGGAGCAGUUGAUUGGUCAGAGCAGUUAAAAGGAAAGGUUUCUAGUAGACUUCAAUUACACAAUCUACAGAUGUUCAUUCUGAAACAACUAUUCUUAUCUGGUACCACACAUUCAGUUUUUAAUUAUCGUUAUGUGGUUUUAAUGACACAACUUAUGCAAGGAGGAGCGUUGCUGUGAAGUGAAUAUGCCAUAACCUUCUAUCUCGUGACCAAAAGCAGACUGGAUGUAUUUAGAGCCUUGAGAUGUUUCUGUAUCUGACACUUUGUACAUACUUGCAGCUUCUCUGUUCUUUGAUAUGUUUACCUCUGUUCUGUGGUCUUAUUAACUGUGUCUCCAGUAGGUGAUAGUACUUUAAGAGUGUUUUAUUUUUCCUGCUCAAUGUGGAUGAUGGUUUGGCAUUAACCCAUCCUCUGCAUCUGGACUCUCUCUGUUCCUUUGUUCUUGGCCGGAUUUCCAGUGCACUGCAGUGAUGACAAGGGCCGCAUGAGGAAUUCUAUCUGUAUUGCAUUUAGUCACUUUGGACAUGACCUGUGACUCAAUAAAGAAUUUUUUUACCUGUA